UUCACAAAACUUUAUGUGUUUCCGUUUUGGGAGACUGUGACGCCUGAUGCAGUGUGCUUCUUCGCCAUCAAGGGAUGAACGCAUUUCAAAGAAACUCAUUGCCAUUGAGCAGCGGGUCGAGGACGUGCUGGCAAGGCUUUCCCAGGAAGCUGGCCGGACUGAGGCCGCAUUGUUGCAGAUCAAUGCAGCCGUGACGAACUUGGCUUCGAUGCUGCCAAAUUGUUCGAACGGCAAGGAGUCCAGAGGCCAAGCUGACUGCCUUUGUGUGGGCGCCGAGGCCGGCCGUUCCUCAUCGCAAGCUCUGAGUUUCGGCACCGACCGCCUCCGGUCAGAGAGGAACUUGUCCAAGUCCUUCCAGUCAGCUUCAAAGGAGAUCUCAGUGAUCAUGCGGAGUGACCGAUCGGAGGCCCAGGCGAUGGAGAGUCAGCCUUUACUGAAAGGCAAGGAUGCAAGGAAAAAGUUCAACUCACUGAACAUGGAAUCCAUCGGGAUCCCAUUCCAGGAACGACUUGCCCGAGCUCAAAUCGCAUUGGAACUUGAUUCGCAGUCGGCGACCUCUAAGCGCAUCACGGAAUUCUUGGAAGAUCCGGAUUCCAGUCGUUUGGCCGGGUAUUACAGUUAUGGAAUUACCAUCUUCACAAGUUUAGGCCUGCUAUUUUCAUUUUUGCCGGCGGUGAGCAUCAGUGUGGACAACAGAGAUUAUGUCGACUUUUUUAUUGAUUUGGUCCUCUUUGCGGAGACGGCAGUGCGCUUCUUUUUCUAUCCAAAUUAUUGGGCCAUCAUUACUGGCGAGCAGCGCUUUGAAAAUAUGAUUGACUGCUGCAGUGCAGUGCCGCUGAUUCUCAUUGCGCUUAAGGACAACUUUGGGGACCUUGGUUCUUUGGGUGAUGCGGCUCUCCUGGCAGCAAUGCCGAUGAUUCGACUUCUACGACUGGUACGUCGUUUCACCUAUAUGCAGCUUUUGAAGGCAGCUUUUCGAGAAGCCUUGGAGGCGCUGCCAGUAUUGUUGUUUUGUUUGGCCGUGAUGGCUUAUGGCUUUGCGGCUUUGCUGUAUUUGGUAGAGCCGCGGGAGAACAUGCCCACCAUUGCGCAUGCUGCGUGGCUGGUGAUCUCUACAAUCACAACUGUGGGAUUUGGAGAUGUGGUACCUUCGACCGAGAGUGGGUUGUUUCUCACUUCCAUUUUAAUGGUGGUGAGUUCGCUCUACAUGGCCAUGCCGCUGGCCGUGAUUGGCCACUCCUUCAACACGAUAUGGGCGCAUCGUAAACGAAUCUUGCUCCUCAACAAGACACGCUCUCGGCUUCACAAGUGGGGCUUCGGAGCCUAUGAGAUGCCAAGGCUCUUUGGACUGUUUGACCUGGACCAGUCUGCAGAAGUUGACUUGCCCGAGUUCCAAAUCCUGUUGAGAGAGAUGGACAUGGGUUUUAAAGAGAAAGAGAUCACCGAGUUGUUCAAACUCAUUGACAAGGAGCUUCUCGUUUCGAUUUCUAUCUUCAGAGGUUACUCAGUGUCAAGUUGACUUGCAGAUUCAAACACGAGGAUUCCGGUGGCACAAUUGACGAGAAAGAGUUUGUGAAGACACUUUAUCCAGAUGAGUAUCGCCUGCUGUAUCCAAAGCGACGCGUCUCCAGGUUGACUUCAUCCUUGGAACACUAGUAGUUCUGAGCGCUGUUCCGCGCAGCUUGUGGUCAACAUCGAGUCGUCAUCAUUGCUUUCGUUUUUCUUUGUGCCCCGUGGGCAGCGCGGUGCACGUCACAGGAAAAAAGGACAGAGGGAGCAUUCCACUUCUCUGGAAUGAAGACAGGUUGAAAGGAAAGAAUGUAUAUGUUAAAGAAUCUCUCUUAAGUUUCCCUAAAAAUCUGG